UUUCGCCUCCACCCCCACACCCACAACCAGAGAGAGAGAGAGAGAGAGAGAGAGAGUCCCACCCCACUCUCCUCGCGCGCCGGACCCCCCGCUCCGGAGGGCGAUCUCGGGAGGAACGGCGGGCGUCCCGCGGCGAGUUGUAUUGUACGGUUGUCCGCGACGACUGUUAAUUGUGGCAAGUUGGUGAGUAUCUGGAAGCUGCAAUGACUGAAAACACCCAGGGCAGUGGCCGGCGGGUCUUUGGAGACCUGACGAAUGUCCUUGGCAAGCGGCCAGCCUCAUGCGAUCUGGAGAAGAAUGCAGGUGGAGUCAAGAUGAGUCGGGUUGAAAAGGUGGUUGACCCUAGGAAAGAGUCUGAUGAAAAGGCAAAGGCCAAUGUUGGGGCAUCAGGAAACCUUAUUGAAGUUUUGGUUGAUGGUAUUGGCAAAGAGGAUUUUGCAAGGACUUCAAUUUUCCGUGGAGCCAAGGUUCAGCACAUGGCCGCUCAGGCAGCUGGGCUACUAUCCAAGGAUGAUGAUGAUGUGAGGAAUCGUUGUGUAUCAUUGGAUUCUUCUGGCCUCAACGACAAGGCGGAGUCUUCCUUGGAAUCAGAGGGUGGCUGUGAAGGGGAAGAUGACGAAGACACUGAUAGUGAGUUGCUGCCAUAUGCCAGUGAGGCUAGUAAGAUUGUAAUUAAUGAUAAGACUAAUGAGGGUGAGUGUCUGACUCAAGAGGAGAUGGUUGUAUCACCAGGAAAUCAGAAUCCGCAGUCUUCAUUUGACGCUACAGCUCGUGAUGACAUGGCAUGUACAAAUGUCCAGCAUCCUCCAAUGGGGGUUGGUGGCUUGGAAAAAUCAUGUGCUACAAAGUCUUGCACUUGCUCUUUCUGUCUUAAGGCUGCUUUUAUGUGGACUGAUCUCCAUUAUCAGGAUGCAAGAAGCCGGCUUGGUGCAUUGAAGAAGAGCAUAAAGUUUGCUAGAUCGCUAGAGGCAAAGAGGCAAGGAAAUGAAUUCAAUGCAGACAGAUACUCGAAAAGAGCUGCAGAGAUGGGAUUCGAACUAUCUCAACAACAGAGAUCACUCUUUCUUCAUACUGAAAAUGCCCUUGUUCGUGAAUCUGCCCAGCUCCAUUCAGCUGUUGUCAAGUUAAAGGACUUGAGAGAUAACUGCAAGAAAGAUCUGAAGAUCUGAUCAUCAAUUCUUCCCCGGGAAGACGAGUCCUGCAUGCACGGUUGUGCUCUGGUAAACUUGUUGCCCUGGGAUGUAGUAGGAUAAGCUGGAUCUUUUUGAAUCAAGAUGUGUAUGGUGUUUGGUUGUCAACUAGCAAGUUAGGGGGUUAUCAAGUAGGAAAUUCGGCCGUAGUGAUUACUCCUAACUUAAAGCAUAGGCCAGCAUCUUAGCCUCCGAAGAUCAGCAGAGGAAAUGCUUUUGUAAAAAUCUUAGAGGGAGUUGUGAACUGUAGGUUUGUGACGGGAGUCCUUUCAGUUGCACGUGGAUGUGAGAUAGCACCAUCUUGUUUCCUGCUCUCCAAGGAGCCAAACGGGAAGUGCAAAUAAUGUCAUUUGACUCGUUUUUCCA